GGCUGGACGUAUUUCCUUUGGGGUAACCUGAUGAGGAAGGAGGAUCUUUUCUUUACGGAAAAUGAUUACUGGAGCAGUUAUGUCAUUUUAUUUCAGAGCCUCCCACCGUCAGCGUCUUCCUGGAAAAACACACGUGGAUUUCCACUCACUCGAGCCAAGCGGGAAAAGCGGGCGAGCCACAAUAACAACAUCAUCAUCGUCAUGGCAAGUCACGGGCUCGCCUACGACGGCUGCAACUUCUUCAGGCAGCGCCUCGUUUUGUCCACGCUGAGCGGGAAGAGGGUUAAAAUUCGGAAUAUAAGGUCCAAAGAUGACAACCCGGGGCUCCGAGAUUUUGAAGCCAGCUUCAUCAGACUGCUGGACAAAGUGACCAACGGCAGCAGAAUAGAAAUAAAUCAAACAGGCACUGUGUUAUUCUACCAGCCCGGCUUACUUUAUGGGGGAUCUAUAGAGCAUGACUGUAGUCUGCAGCGCUCCAUAGGUUACUACCUGGAGGCCCUGCUCAUGCUGGCUCCCUUCAUGAAGACACCACUGAAAGCCAUCCUGCGAGGCAUCACCAAUGACCCCACAGACCCCACAGUUGAUCUGCUGAAGUCCACAGCUCUUCCUUUAAUGAAGAAGUUUGGCAUUGAUGGUGAAGGCUUUGACCUUAAGGUGAUGAAGAGGGGAAUGGCACCUAAUGGAGGAGGUGAGGUUGUCUUCACGUGUCCCGUCUGCAAGACCAUUAGGCCUGUGCAGUUUACAGAUUCCGGAAAGAUUAAGAGAAUCCGAGGAGUAGCAUAUUCAGUGAGAGUUUCCCCUCAGAUGGGCAACAGGAUUGUGGAGUCGGCACGUGCCGUCUUGAACCAGUUCAUUCCAGACAUCUACAUCCACACAGACCACAUGAAGGGCGCCAACUCUGGCAAGUCACCAGGUUUCGGUCUGACGUUGGUGGCGGAGACUCUGGAAGGCUGUUUCCUCAGUGCUGAGCUGUCAUCUACGCCCCAGGGUCAAGGAGAUCCCAUUUUGCCCGAGGACCUGGGCCGCAACUGUGCCAAGCUGCUGCUGGAGGAAGUGCAUCGGGGCGGAUGCGUGGAUUCGUCCAAUCAGAGCCUGGCGCUGCUCCUGAUGACCCUUGGCCAACAGGACGUGUCGAAGCUUUUGCUUGGACCACUCUCACAGUACACGAUUGAGUUCCUCAGACAUGUUAGAGAUUUUUUCCAGAUCAUGUUCAAAAUUGAAGUUCGCAAGCGUUUAGAGGAUGAACGGAAGGGGGGAGAUAAAGUCCUCAUGACGUGCGUCGGAGCCGGUUACAGCAACUUGAACAAAACCCUUAAAUAAAACAGUUUGUACAUAA